AUGAUAAAUUGGACGUUAAUAUUCGUAUUUAUUCUCAUAAUUCAUAUCACUAUUGCCUACAAUUACCUAGUAUACUCGCCGCUAUUUGGUUAUUCCCACGCGCAUUUUAUGGGUGCCAUUGCGGACACUCUUACAGAAGCUGGUCAUAAUGUGGUAGGUAUUUUUACCGUGCUGAUGCCUGUACUGGACCCAGAUCUGGAAAAUCGCACAGGAGUGUGGUUAACUCCAAAUGUGAUCAAAAUAGCAGCAAAUAAUCGAACAGCUGAGAUGUUUAUACAUAAGGCGAAAUAUAGCCCUGGACUAUGGAAUCUCGACCCAUCAGCUUACGGCAUGAUCAAAUUGAGUUUCUAA